GAGAAACACUGCGGUCGAACAUCACCAUACUCGGAUCCAAAAUCCUACCCUACACCGAAAUAUUACUAUACGCGUACUCGAUCAUCAAGAAAAAAUACAUAGACAAGUCGACCGAAAUUUACGUGCCCAAUUUCAAGAGGGCCGUGCAGCAUUUUUGCCUGCCGGCCUCCGGCAAGCCCGUGAUUAGGGAAAUCGGGAAAGGUUUGAAGCUCGGGGAGAAAGAUAUGGAGGCUGCAUUGAUGACACUUCACAGGUUUGGUAACCAAUCUUCCUCAUCAUUGUGGUACGAGCUUGCUUAUAUUGAGGCUAAGGAAAGGGUCAAGAAAGGUGAUAAGGUGUGGCAACUGGGCAUGGGCAGUGGGCCCAAAUGCACUAGCCUGGUCUGGGAGUGCAUCAGGCCCAUUGUUGGGGAGGCCCAAAACGGAGUAUGGGCUGAUAGUAUUGACAGGUACCCAAUUGCAGGGGGUGAUACAAAGUUGUCUUAG